AUGGCCACCUCUGGAGUUCUUCCCGAUGAGCCCCACAAGACUUUUGAUACGAUCUUGACACUGGAUUUUGGGUAGGUCGCAUUGGUAUUGGAGAAAGAAAGAGAUCAAAAACGCCUCUAACGUAUUCUAGCUCCCAAUACACGCAUCUCAUCACCCGUCGGCUACGUGAGCUAAAUGUCUACUCUGAGAUGCUCCCGUGCACUCAGAAAUUGGCCGACCUUUCCUGGAAACCCAAAGGAAUUAUUCUCUCCGGUGGGCCAUACUCGGUUUAUGAAGACGGUGCCCCUCAUGUUGACCCCGCAAUCUUCGACCUCGACAUCCCAAUUCUGGGAAUAUGCUAUGGUUUACAAGAGAUCGCUUGGCACAAUGGAAAGAAUGUUAUUGCUGGAACUGAAAGAGAGUACGGACAUGCACAAUUGGAGGCGAAGAAAGUAGUAGAUGGCCAUGUCGACAAGCUCUUUGAAGGUUUGGAAGAUGACCUCAAGGUCUGGAUGUCACACGGCGACAAACUAGGUGCCCUCCCCCCAAACUUUCACGCCAUUGCAGUUUCCAAAAACUCUCCCUUUGCCGGUAUCGCUCACCAGACAAAGCCAAUCUAUGGUAUCCAAUUCCACCCUGAGGUCACACACACUGCCAGAGGAACCAAAGUCCUAGAGAAUUUUGCUGUAGGAAUUUGUGGGGCCCAACAAAACUGGACCAUGGACAAGUUCGUAGACAAGGAAAUCGCAAGAAUCCGAGCAUUGGUAGGAGAAAAGGGACAAGUUCUGGGAGCUGUUAGUGGAGGAGUAGAUUCUACCGUGGCAGCCAAGUUGAUGCACGAAGCAAUUGGAGAUCGCUUCCAUGCUGUUCUUGUCGAUAACGGAUGCAUGCGCCUCAAUGAGUGCGAGCAAGUCAAGGAGACCUUGACCAAACAUUUGGGAAUCAACCUUACAGUGGUUGACGCCUCCGACCUCUUCCUUGAUGGCCUCAAAGGUAUACACGACAAUCCAGAAGCCAAGAGAAAGUUCAUCGGAGGAACCUUCAUUGAUGUGUUCGAAGCCGAAGCUCUGAAGAUCGAGAAGGCAGCCAUUGACUCCCCCAAAGCCGGAAUAAUAGAAUGGUUCCUUCAAGGAACCCUCUACCCUGAUGUAAUUGAAUCCAUCUCCUUCAAAGGGCCCUCUGCAACUAUCAAAACCCACCACAACGUUGGUGGUCUUCCUGAGCGGAUGAUGAACGGUCAAGGGUUAAAACUUAUUGAGCCCCUUCGCGAGCUCUUCAAGGAUGAGGUUCGCGAGCUAGGAAGGAAGUUGGGUAUACCCCACGAUCUCGUCAUGAGACAUCCUUUCCCUGGUCCUGGAAUUGCCAUCCGUGUUCUGGGCGAGGUCACUCGGGAACAGGUCGCCAUUGCCCGAAAAGCAGACUACAUCUUCAUCCAAGAAAUCAAAGCCGCCGGGAUAUAUGAUCAAAUCUCACAAGCGUAUGCUGCUCUUCUUCCUGUAAAGGCCGUGGGUGUAAUGGGUGACAAGAGAGUUCACCAACAAGUUAUCACUCUCCGCGCUGUGCAGACAACGGAUUUCAUGACUGCGACUGCUUACCACUUUGACUGGGAUUUCUUGGAGAGAGUCAGCACAAGAAUUGUGAAUGAGGUUGAUAGUGUCUGUAGGGUGGUUUACGAUUUGACCAGUAAACCACCGGGAACUAUUGAGAUGGAGUAGAUGUUUUUCUACACCACUUGAAGUUCUUUUCUUAUUUCUGAAUACCCCUUUUGUGGUUUAAGCUUAGGCUGGCGUUUUUUGUUUUCCAAGGGCUAGAAAAGUAUAGAAGUUAAAGGCUCUAUUUUAGGAUUGGUCAAUAGAAACUACCUAGAAAAAGCAGAUUCCUCUUAUCCAAGAUUUCC